GUUAAGUGACGCAUUUCAAACGAAAUAGUCCAGAGGUGUAGUUUAGUGAGGACUGUUCAUAGAGAGAGACGUGAGACACAGUCACACGAUGCUCUCAUGUUACUGACACUGUAAAGGAUCAUCGCAGAAAAACACAUAAAGAAAGCCGCAAGCAGGGAGAACUUUUGGCGAAAAUGCCAAAAAAGAAAAGAAAUGGGGAGAAAGGUAGGGCACAGAAGAAAGGGAACAAAAAAAGAGAUGCUAGCACCUCUUCAGCCAAAGUGCAUUCACAGAACAAAAGACCCGAAGGCCAUGUUGAGCCAAGAACAGAGUCUGAGCCACAUACUCAAAAAAGCUCCAGUACGGUGGAAAAAUGGACUCAGACCAAACCUGUUAAACUGGCAACACAGCAGACACAAACAGAGUUAAAUGAAAACAAAGAGACCACAGAGUCAAUAGAACAGAGUCCAGAGGAGGAUAAGAUGGAUGUGGAGACUCAGAGGAAUCAAGGAAAUAAAUGCGAUGGAGAAGAUGAGGAUUGCAUAAAGAAUAAAAAAAGAAAAGUCAGUGAGUCAAUUGACGCAGAAGAAAAGAGGACCAAACCGUCAAAUGGUUGCAGAGAUAAGCAAGCUGGAGAUGAACAGAAAGACACAGAGACCAAGGAAAAACAUUCCAGUAAAGAUUCACAGAACGACACUGACCUCAAAUCAGGAACUGAAGGAGGAAAAUCAAAUUCAGAAGCUGCUGGAAACCAGACUAAAGGCUCUAAGGAGUUCAGUGACAACAACGAGUCCAAUGAGGCAAUAGUACAGAGUCCAGAGAAAGAUAAGAUGGAGGUGGAGGUGCAGACUCAGUUGCAGAGGAACCAAGGAAAUGAAAUUGAUAGGAGGGAUGAGAAUUGUGUAGAGAAGAAAGAAGGGAACGUCAGCGAGUCUGGUUGCAGAGAUAAGCAAGAUGGAGAUGAACAGAAAGACACAGAAAUCAAGGAAAAACUCCACAGAGAUGAUUCCCAGAAAGACACUGACCUCAGAUCAGGAACUGAAGGACAAAAAUCAUAUGCUGAAGCAGCAGCUGGAAACCAGACUAAAGGCUCAAAGGAGCAAAAGAACCAAACAGCAGCAAAUCAGCACCAGACAACGAACAGCGAAACUCAGCAUAGACAGCAAAGAAAACCUUCCCCAGUGAGAGCUCCAGAAAAGCCACCGAUGUUUACUUUCUACAUAUAUGCAGUUCUGGACAAAAGAUUCAGAUUUAAUGAGGAGAUUAACUUUCUAAAUCUCCUGUUUGAUAAUGAAAAGAUAUUACUACAAAUUACACAAUUCGUGGAUCUACAUCAAAAUGGCUGUUUGAUUGAAGCAAUAUUUUCGAUUGAGGAAAGCACACUGAUGAGGGGUAAUACAAUACAAUACAAGUAUGCAGUUCAGCAGAGGCACAAGCUGAUUCAGGAAAUAGCUCUGAGAUAUGUUUGUAUACCUACCGAUACUACAAUAAAAGAGCUGCACCUUUAUGAAGGCUACGUAAGUUAUUCAAGCUCAGGAUCUUUUCCGGAUCGGUUGAAAGGUUUUGGAGAAAGUCUUUUUGGGUCUGCAGACAAAAACAUUUUUGAAGGCUGGAAGACUUCUGCUCGUGUACUGUUGGACCAAGUGUUCCACAAAUGGGAGCCAUCUAACCAUGAGACCAUCAAGACAUUUAUACAACACCUAAACCAUUACAAAAAAGCUUUCCAAUUUAACCAUGAACGAAGGUUGGAAUUCCCAGGGAAUCUCACUCCAUCUCGUAUAAAUGUCUCAGAGCUGAUUUCUGCAAGACUGGUUGAGAUUUUGAAUGCAGAAAAGAAAACUUCACAGAGCUCAGCUGGAAUUAAGUCUUUGGAAGUUGCAUUCUCAGUGUUUAAGGUGUGCCGUGGCUGUGGAGUGGAUCUCGGCAUAAAAGAUUGGGCCCAGCUUUGCCAAAUUGUCUUUAAAAACGCUGCUUCUCUUGGAGACUUGCAAACACAAUUACCUGUCAUUGACCACUCUGUGAUAGGACUUAUAAACCAAUGUGGACAGAAGUUGAUCUCAGAACUGGUGCUGCUUGUUCCUGCUCUUCAUUCACUAAGAAAGCCAGAGGCAAAGUCAGAUCCAGGCUCGGCUGUGAAUGAGGAGAGAUGGGCACAUCUUGAAAGCAUCAAGUUCACAACAUUUAGAGAAAGAAUAAGAGGAUUGUCUGAUAAAAGAAGGAUGAUUCUUCAGAUGAUAAAGGAUCACUUGCCAUUGAGCAAAGAUAAGCCUUACUUAUUGACCAGCUGGCUAUCCCUGGUAGCCUUUGAGGACAUCCCUGAGUUUGCAGAGUCGACAGGAACUGGUCCUGAAUACCUGAUCCAGAGCUUGAUGUACAGGAUGGAGGAAUUUGAGAAAUCUGUGCAAAACACUGAAUACGACCGCACAAAAUAUAACAUUGAGGCGAUUGAAAAUGUCCUGUGCUACUUUUUGAAGAUGGUUGAGGAGGAAAAAGAAAGAAUUAUGGAGUCAUUAGACUCAAUCCUUGAGUGUUGCAAAAAUGUUCACAAAAGCGCUUGCAAGAUUGCUCAGCGUGUCCACUUCUACAGUCUCCCAUUGCUCACCUUCCAACUUCUGCUUAAAGUGGUUGAAAAUAAACAUGCUGUGCUUUCUAAGGGUGGAGAGGAAAUGGACCAACAGAAAAAUCUGCUUUUGUCACAGCUCAAUGACAUGCAGAAUGAUUUCAGUAAAUGGAGAGAUGGUCUGUUCCAACAGCCUGUGAUGAAAGACUCCAAGCUGUGUUACCACAAAGAAAUACAGCUUUGGAAUGGUUUGUAUGGGAUUGAAAGUGCAAUACCUGACUUCUCUCAAAAAUGGAAAUGUUUAUUAGAUGGAGACUUGAAACGGAGAGUGUCACAGAUGCCUGACUUUGACAAGAUUCUGAUUUGCUGUUUGGAGAUGUCAUCCAAGGAGAUCGAGAACAGUCAUGCCAACAUUCAGUCUUGUUUUCAAGAGCAUUGUCAGUUAGCUGUUAAAAACAAAUGUCAGCAGGCAAAGAAGGAAGGAGAACUUUUAGGCUAUCUCUAUAAUAAACACAUGAAAUGGUCCGUCUUGUCCUACAUUGUUAUUGAGUCGGCUGCUCGCUUUAAAGAGGAUCGAGAAGGAAGGCUGCUGGAUCCCCAAUCAGCCAUCAGCUUUUUUUUGACCCAAGACAACUGGAAUCGAUGGAAGUUGAAUGAAGAGGCAAGUAGGUUAAUAAGAGAUAGUCAGUCAGACUUGGAUUCUCUAAUUCAGAGCCUUUGCCGAGGAGAUGUAACCCUGGGCCACUUUAAGACCAUCCAAAAGUACAAGAGUCGAUUUGAGAAGCUUUACAAUCAAUAUAUGAAGAACAACAAAGAAAAGAAUAUCUCGAUCGAUGUGACAGAGCUACUCAGUCAAAGAGAAAGUGACAUGAAAGCCUUUGAAGAACAAAGGGGGCACAUGACCGUCCUUGUUAAUAUGCUAGGGAAGAUUUUGGAUACUGUACAUGUACCCGAGCUUUCUUCCCUCGAAAAGGAGGUCAAAAAUGACCAGCAGGCAGUAUCCCUGAAUGAACUGGUUGAGGUGCAGCCUUAUUUCUCCAAAGAGGAUCUAAACAAAAAGAGCAAAAGAAACGUGCUGUGCUACAUAGAUAACUUUGAAGUGCAAGACAUGGCAAGGGAGAUGCAUGAAGUGGGGACAAGCAGCCUUCUUCUACAUCUAUGGCAAGAAAAGGCAACAGAAUAUGUAAUGCUGGUUUCUCAGCUGUUAAUACUGAACCUUACAGAUGUCCGUAAUGAAAUCUGGAUGCCUUGUCACAGUGAAUUCUUCAACCUGGGUGUACAAAUUGCAAAUGGAACAGUUUGUUUUAAAAAGGUGGACCAGGCUUUAGAUUGGUGCGAGGAUGGGGGUGAAGGAGACCGGCUAAAGAAAGAACUUGCUUUAUUGGCCUCUAUGCUAGAUAAUGAGAUCCCGGAUAAAAACUGGAAGGAACUUCGGUUCAAACAGAUCCAGGAAUAUAGAAGCCUUCACCAUGCUGCUGAAUCUGCUGAAGUCAUAAUGGAAAUAAAAGAUAAAUUGGAAUUACAAGGAGACUUUAGUGCAAUAGAUGUCCUGACUCAAGUGAGAGAUGACUCAUUCAAACGAAACACUCUGGGUUCGUUGAGCGAUAAUCUUGUCAAAGCCAAGCAGAAGUUGGAAAAUGUCAAACCACAGCACAUAGCCUGUCUAAAGGCAUUCUUGCACAGUGAACCUCUGAACAAAUGGGUCAAAACCCAAAUUGAAAGUCUGAAGGACCUAAAAACCUUUAUGGAUCUGGCCACAAUUCCUGCUGGAGAGAAUGAUGUAGACACUGAUCGAAUAGCUAAUUUUGAGAGCGCUGUAAUGGGCUACAGUCCUUUGCUUUACUCACUUCAGAAUCAUGCAGGAUUUGAAGAUUUCAUCAAACAUGCACAGCAAGUGUGGGACGCCCUUGACAAAGAUGAGAAACUUGUGGAUAAACUGACGGACUCUUGUCGAUGGCUGGAUUGGCUUAAAGGUUUGAGAGAGACUUUUGGGUCUGUUGAGCAAUCAUCACUUUCUCAGGCCUCAGCUAUCAAUACUGAUGGCGUGUAUCAUGUGGGAUGGCCAGUGGAUUUCAGUGGAAAAACGUGUUUGGACAAUGUCUUUAAUGUGAAGGUGACGAAGAAUAGACAAACAAGGACAUACAGUCUUGAUGAUCUCCUCGAGCUUCAGAAUAAACUCAUGCUAAUGUCCUCUAAGGGGGAGCAUGGGAAAGAGCAAGUCAACAAGUUUACUCAAGUUUUUGAAGGAGUCCAAAGGAUGGGUCGCAUCCUCCUGCAGUUGCGUACCUCAGGCAAUGUGCUUCUCCGAGACUUGGAAGCUCAGAUAACAUGCAACGGCACAAUAGAACACUGCAUUAACAUCAGGUUUUCCCAGUUAAAGAAGUGUGUUGAAUAUAAGGGUGAUGUGCUAGAGGAGCUUCAGAAGCUGUGUCGCUUUCUGGAAGACGUCCAUAAUGACUGGUGUACUCACUUAUCUAAGAUGCGCUCUCAGUACUAUGCUCUGAAUUAUUACACAUCAGAGCAAAUGGCCUAUCUUUGCAAAUGGGUCAACAAUGUUAGCAACAAAAGGAAACCUGUGCCACAGCAAAUGUGGAAUUUUUUGAGCCAUGUAAAACCAGACUGUAGCAUAAAUGACAUCAGGGAAGCCUUUGAAACGGCAGCUGACCCAACUGAACCUAUGGAUCAAGGAGAUGUUGCAGAGGAGCCAGAACAAGACAGUGAUAUUACCAUGGACAGUUUGGACAACCUGUGGAAACAAUUUAAAGAGAACAUGUCCAGAUUCCUCAAUGACCAUGUGGAUGUUGAAACACUUGGGAAGAUUCUCUCUGUUCUGUCUUCCAUGAAUCAAAUGCACAUCAUACGUAACAUUCCUCAGAUUCUAUGUGACGGAAGGCCAAACCUUAUACAGUGCCCAAUUAAGGAUGUGAUUAGUACUACGUUGUCCUUUUACAUAGAGUGCCCAGAACAACCUCUUCCCACAACUGAUGAAAUAUUAAUGUGCCAAGAGGAAACAACCACAGAGGAAGUGGAGAUCUUCCUUCGCCGAUGUUUAGGAUUUCAGGGCACUGCAUACAAACAUAAUAAGAUUUACACUUUGGUUAAUCCAGGAUCUCUGACCUAUGAUGUAGGUGUGGCCCUGGUGGAAUGCUUUGAGAGACUAGAAAAAAGUGCAGAGCCUCAUUAUCGUCUAGUGAUGGUCUGCCCCGUAAACCAGGAUAGAUAUGUUCCUUCCUUCUUUAGCAACUAUAAAGUGCAAACAGGUCUGUGUGUGUCCAAAGAAAAAAGCGAAGAGUACCUCAAAAAUCACUUCCGUAUUCCAGCCAAGCUUUACAAUCACUCACGCGUCUACCCAGGAAAUCUCUCCGUUUGGAUGAUUGCAUCAAGACGUCCAUCUGUUGGAAAGUCACUGUAUGUCAAGCGUCUAUUUGAGCAGUUCCAAACAGAGUUUCCAGAAGCAACCUGUAUACAAAUGAGACUCAUUGAACCCUGCGUAAACAUCGAUGGAUUUGUACAAACUCUGUCCCAGCGGUUGGCUCCACUGAAAGAACAAGACCCUGUACUAUUGCACAUUGAUACGGCAGCAGUACGCUGUGGUUUGGAGGAGUUCCUGUUCAAAUUACUUGUUCUUGGAUGCCUCAGUGACAGCAAAGGAAAUAUAUGGAAGAGAAACACAGCUCAUUUUGUGGCAAUUGAAGCACUUCAAAGAGGUCUUGGGCCUAACAGUCAAACCCAAAAGACAAACCAUGGGUUUUUGCAUAUACUACCUACUAUUUUCUGCAGACCUCCUAAAGAAGUCAAAGAUUUGGAGAUCAAGAGAAAAAAAGAGAGACAAGCAUAUUUAGAUCCCCUGAUGGACAAAGGAGAAUUUAGGAGUGAAGACAUUCAAAGACCUUACCAAUACUUACGGAGGUUUAACAGGAAUGAGAACUUGGAUCGUUUCACAUAUCAAAUUAAUUCCGUAGAAGGAGAUCAUGUGAACUGUCUCCAUCAUCUUUUGUCAAACUGUGGCUUAAAGGACCCAUCAUGGGCAGAAUUAAAGCACUUCACUUGGUUUCUUAACCUUCAGCUCAAAGACUGUGAGAAUUCCCUGUUCUGUGAUCCAGACUUCCUUGCUGACAAUUUAAGCGGAUUUAAGGACUUCAUAGUAAAAUUCAUGAUUCACAUGGCUCGAGAUUUUGCCUCUCCUUCCAUCGACAUCUCCGACCAAAGCCCUUCCUUUUUGUCUCAGAACGAAGAUGAGGAGGAUAUCUUGUCUAAACUGACUAUUCGGAAGAGAUGGGAAAAUGAAUCUCACCCCUACAUCUUUUUCAAUGCAGAUCAUCUCAGCAUGUCUUUCUUGGGAUUUCAUGUAAAGACAAAUGGAAGGAUUCUCAAUGCAGUCGAUCCACAAAGUGGCAAAGUGUUAAUGGGAAAUGUAAUGUCGCAGGAGCUUUUUUCAGGCCUUGAACGACAAAGAAUUAACCUCUGUGAAGACUUUGACAACCUCUCCAGAGAAGACAAAAUACAAAGAAUUUCCUUUGUGGUUGGUGCCAAAAAAGGUUGGGAAAAGGGCAAGUUUGAUCCAGACCCGACGUAUGAGCUUACUGCUGACAAUGUCAUGAAGAUGUUGGCUAUUCAUAUGAGAUUCAGAUGUGACAUUCCAGUAAUCAUCAUGGGAGAAACUGGCUGUGGCAAGACACGGCUUGUGCGCUUUCUCUGUGAUCUGCAAAAGGAAGGCAGAGAUGUUGAAAACAUGAAACUUGUCAAAGUCCAUGGAGGUACUAAUUCUGAGACUAUCUAUAAGAAGGUGAGAGAGGCAGAAGAAAUGGCUCAGAACAAUCGGCAAAAAUUUGAAGUUGAUACAGUCUUGUUUUUUGAUGAAGCCAACACAACCGACGCAAUAUUUGCCAUCAAGGAAGUGUUAUGCGAUAAAACUGCACAAGGAUACCCUUUGAAGAAAAAUUCAGGUCUGAAAAUUAUUGCUGCAUGUAAUCCCUACAGAAGACACACCACGAAAAUGAUUGAACGCUUGGAACGAGCAGGGCUGGGAUACAGAGUGAAAGCUGAGGAAACAGAGGAUCGCCUUGGUAAAGUUCCCAUGAGACAGCUUGUGUACCGAGUGCAUCCUUUACCCUCAAGUAUGGUGCCUCUGGUAUGGGAUUUUGGACAGUUAAGUGAUUCAUCUGAGCACUCUUAUAUUCGUCAGAUCGUUCAAAAACAAAUAAGGGUUCAUGGUUUGCCCCUUCCCUACCACAAAGUGAUCACAGAAGUUCUGGCUGCUUCUCAAAGACACAUGCGAAGCCAAGCGGAUGAAUGCAGCUUUGUAAGUCUUAGGGAUGUCGAGAGAUCAAUGUGUGUCCUGGUUUGGUUUUUCAACCACAGGGAUUAUCUUUUUCCAGAUGACCAACAGUUUGAAAAAGAACAUAUGAUAUUGAAAUGCUUGGUGGUUGCCGUGGGUGUUUGCUAUUACCCAUCACUUGAAGGUAAAGAACUGUACCUGGCAGCUGUCAGCGAAUACUUUCCUCAUCCGUUCAACUCUACAAAGACACUGGAGCAGGAGAUAUCAUCAUGCCAAGACUUUUUUCUUAGUAACAUUGAAACAAGAAACACAAUUGCCAAAAAUCUGGCUUUGAAAGAGAAUGUUUUCCUCAUGGUGGUCUGCAUUGAGUUGAGAAUUCCACUUUUUCUUGUUGGCAAGCCCGGGAGUUCAAAAUCCCUUGCUAAGACUGUUGUAGCAGAUGCCAUGCAGCGUCAGGCCUCUCACUGUGAAUUUUUUAAGAAACUCAAGGAAGUUCACAUGGUGUCUUUUCAAUGCAGCCCCCACUCAAGCCCUGAAGGAAUCAUUGGAACCUUUUGGAACUGUGCACGUUUCCAAAAGGAUAAGAAAUUAGAUGAGUAUGUUUCAGUAGUUGUACUGGAUGAAAUAGGUCUUGCAGAGGACUCUCCUCGGAUGCCACUGAAAACAUUGCAUCCACUUCUAGAGGAUGGAUGCAUAGACAGUGAAAGAUCUCUCCCACACAUGAAGGUUGGAUUUGUUGGAAUCUCAAACUGGGCUCUUGACCCAGCAAAAAUGAAUAGAGGGAUAUUUGUGUCCCGUUGGGAUCCAAGUGAGAAAGACUUAAUAGACACAGCCAAAGGCAUCUGCUCAUCAUCCGAAACUGUUUUUCUCAAAAUCAAGCACCUCCUGCCAAAGUUGGCAAAGGGAUUUCUUAACAUCUGUAAAGAUGACAGCGAACAGUUCUUUGGUCUCAGAGAUUAUUACAGUUUGGUAAAAAUGAUUUUUGCAACAGUCAAAAAGACAGACAAAGAUCCAUCUGACAUUGAGUUGGCAGACGCUGUAUUGAGAAAUUUCAGUGGACAAAGAGAUGGUUUUGACCCACUUCAUUCCUUCCAGGACCUCUUCCUGAAUAUUUCAGGAGUCCAAAGCCCAAGUACACUAAAAAUGAUUGAACAAAAUCUGGACCAUCAUGUAGAUGAAGAGUGUCGCUACCUUCUUUUGCUCACAACUAACAGUGCUGCUUUGUACAUAGUCCAACACCAUAUUUUCUCAAAGGGGAACAACACACCUCCUGAAAUUGUAUUUGGUUCAGGAUUUCCAAAAGACCAGGAAUAUGCCCAGAUAUGUCGUAAUGUGAGUCGAAUAAAGGCAUGCAUGGAGACAGGCCGAACCGUCAUUUUAUUGAAUCUCCUCAAUCUUUAUGAGAGCCUGUAUGAUGCCUUGAAUCAAUACUAUAUCUACCUCGGUAAACAGCAGUAUGUUGACCUGGGACUCGGUUCACACAGAGUAAAGUGUAGAGUUCACAAAAACUUCAGGCUGAUUGUGGUGGAGGACCAGGAAAAGGUCUACAAAAGGUUUCCUGUUCCCCUAAAAAACAGACUUGAAAAGCACAAAGUUGAUAGGAGUACAGAUAUGAUGCCUUGGCAGCACAGAGUUUUGGAUAAACUCAGAAAAUGGGCUGAAGACUUUCCAAGGGAUCAGACAUCUACUGAAGUAAACUUCAGCUCGUCAGAUGUUUUUGUUGGUUUCCAUGGCGAUGCUUGUGCCAGUGCACUACUCCAGGCUUUAGAUAAAAUCCAAAAGCAGGCUAAUGAUAAAGAAGAUACAAAGAAGGCCAAGGACAUGCAAUUGAAGAGUGAGGACAAUGAGACACAUCAACCAAUCAAUGAAGAAAUUUUGAUGAUUGAAACAGAUUUACGUGAGGAAAUAAAUGAAAUCCCUGAUGAGGAACAAGACGGCGCCUCUUUGGAAGUUGACAGCAAGGUAGAGGAUGCGGAAAACAUUGAGACUCUUGGAGAGGCUCUUCAUCUUGUGAAAAUGGAUGAGGAUUCUAAGGACCCUGAGGCAACAGAGAGUAUGGAGUCAAAUGAAAUCAUGGAUGAGGAAGAGGAAGCAUUUGAAACUGCAAAAAGUUUUCUCUUAAACUGUGCAACACCUGACGCAGUCCUCAGACUGAAAUAUUCAGAAGAGUUCGGAAAUCAGGAGAAAGACAAACUUCAGAAGAUUUAUUUCCAUCAGCAAAGCCACAAAUCACUCAGGGACCUCAUAGAAAGCCAUUUAAAAAAGCCUGAUCAAGACAAAACCCGAUUCUUAGAGGUAACCACAUUCUCUAGUCUUCUCACUGGAGCUGAUUUGAGAAAUCUUGCACCAGCCUUGGGUUUAUCUGCUGAGCAGGUUCAUCUGCUCUUCUUACACCAGUUUGACACAGAAGCCUCAUUUUCCAGUAAAAUACGGUCUUAUCUGAGGGAUUCUGUGCUUUCACUACGCAUUCUUCUGGUUCAGAUUGAUAUGGAAGAGUCAUUGUGCAAAAAUGCACUUAUUGCUUCAGCAAAAUACUGUACCAUGAAUGAAAUCUUAUCCUUCAAAUCAGAUGCAAGCAACUUUUAUACUGUGUUCAUAACAAAGCUCUCCAGAAUUGGGGAGCAAUGUAAAACAAGUGGCGACAAAUACAUUGGCUUUCAAGGAGGUGUUUGGUUAUCUGCGCAUAUCGAUGAUCUUAGAGAUUCUGAAGACAUGAGCUUAGAUCUUAAAGCUUUUUGUGGAAUUUCUAUGAGUGAACUCAUCUCCAGCACAAUGAAGUCAGAUGUCAACGAUUUAGAAGAAAUGGAUACAAAUGAACCUGAAAGUCAAAAGGAAAGUUCAGUGCAUCUAAACAGUUUGUCCCUAAUAAGAUCCUGCACCCAGAAAGCUGUUUCAUUGCUAAGAGAUACAGGCAAAAAAACCUCCAGGAGCAUAGAGCGCAUGAACAUAUUGCUUGUCCUUUUGGAUGAUGACCCUGCGCCAACAGGAGAACGGUUCCAGAAAGUGUUGUUAGGAAGGCUGAUGACUGCCCUAAAGCAGAAGGAAGUGCUGAUUCUAAAUCCAACAGAUUGGGUUUAUAGAGCAGCAAAGAACCGUGAAGCUCUACAAGAAGGUGGAACACUCCGGCACACUUUGUGGCGUCACCUGCAGGGAAUUUUAAGCCCAUUACUUGCCAGAGUUUUAGAAGUGUUGGACCGAGACUGUAACUUGGGUCUACUGUAUGGGCUCAGUGAUGGUCUGGUGCAGUUCUGGUUAGACAUCUUUCAAGAUCAACAGCUCCUAGACCUACUCUUCACACAGACUGCAAGUGUUCCAGAGCAGGAGAUUAAUGUUCAGUGUCACCUGUUUGUUGGAGAAGUGGAACGGCCCUGCGCUGCUCCUUUUAGCUGGCUGAUAAAAACAUACUGCCAGAGUUUAUGGGAGGAAUCAGAGUUUGUGAGAGGCACUGAUCAAGGCAACAAAGCAAGAAUUCAACAGUUUGUCAGUGCUGUUUCAGGCAGUAGACUGGGGAGCUAUAUCGAAAAACUUUCAGAGAGAGAAAAAGUAGAAAUGGGUCACCGUUACCUGACUGACUAUGUACUUCUGGCCUUUAAAGUCCAUUCUGUAGAAGAGCUGGAGAUCUUCACUGCGGCAUUGCUGGGCUGUGUGUCUUCGCUGCAGAUGGAGAUGUCAGUAGCCACUGAUCUCUCGCCGACGUGGAUCCUAGCAGCCGCAGAAAUAUAUGCACCACGCCUGGACACAUUGUCACAUGCCCUUCAGCUCAACCCUCAAGUUGUGGGGAUCAUUAAGGACAGGAUACCACAAAAAACAAGCCCUGACAUGUGUGAGGAUAUUCUUGCUGUUGGUAUCUGCGUUGAGGAAACAAAGCUUUUGCCUCUAUCAUCAUUUUGUGAAUGCCAGACCUUUUUGCAAGGAGUUGAGCAGCUUCAGCCCUGUUUAGAGCAAGCGCUCAGUCCAAGAUUCAGAGCCCUCUGCAGCCCAUGUUGUCUCAAACAGCUGGACUCUAUAAAGUCAGUGUGGCAGGGGAUGCUGUUGGUCUGCGCUUUUAUCGGACAGGUUGUUGUCAAGAUGAAAAUGAUAGAUGAAAGGAUAGAGGCAGUGACUCUGAAACACUGCGCUCAGUUACAUGGGCUGAUGGAAGGAUCUCCCAAUUUAAGGGGCAAAGACAAUCUUCAGCAAAUCAUCCGCAUACUCAAUGAUUACCAAAACGAGUCCAUCAGUAGAGAGCUGCGGUUCGGUGUAAAAUGUUCAGUAUGUUUGGAAGAUCUAUCAAACCCCACUGCUCUUCCCUGUGACCAUGUCUUCUGUUUGGCCUGCGUGGAAAAAGCCAUAGCUGGAGGAGCGCAAAAAUGUCCCGUGUGCAGGAGACCUUUGCCAGACAACUACCGGCCCACUGUCUCUAGAAACAUAGACUCAGCCUUGAUUCAGCAUAAUGAGACAAGGAAAUGUUGUAACGGCUUUUUCCUGGAGGUGGUCUCACGCUUCUGUCUGACCGAUGAAGAAGACCCCUCAGAUGACCUGGUGGAACUGCUUUUCUCCCUCCUCAUCUCAGCACAAGGAGACGUCUAUAAGACAAGAGAGCUCACCCCAUUCCUGGAAUGUGUCGACCAGAGCCCUGUUGUGCGCUCUGUGCUGCUCAAACUACUUCUGCAAUACAGUUUUAAACAGGUGAAGAAGCACAUUCAAAGCUACUUGGAAGACCUGGAAAACAAGCUUCUGGAUAAAGAGGACAGAACUGAACUCUAUCUACUAUUUGUGAAAUGCUUCCAAGAUUCCCUUCUCUCUUCUGGAUUGAAUGGAGCUGUUGAGGUCAAAGAGAAGAAAAGUUGUCUACAGGAGAGCGUGAGCUUUCUAAGCCGAAUCGCUCGUAAACAGACGCCUUCUAGACAGGAUGACCCAGCUGAGUUUCUGCUGUCUAUGGCUCGCCUCAGAAUGUGUCUGGAGUCUGCUGCCCGUAUCCUGCCCAAAACUGUCGGCCAAAGAGAAGGAAAUUGUGAGGAUGUGGAACUGAAGCUGUUGGAGCAGGUAAAGGCUGUGUGUGGGUAUUGUGACAAUGACUGGUACAGAAUUUAUCUGCUCCGAGCACUUGAUAGACUGGCCGGCAUGGAUUGUCUACAAAUGCUGAUCAACAGCACAGAUUACGCAUGGAUCUUCCCUGCAGAGAUUCUACGCCUUCACAGGUUGACUCCUGCUGAAGUGGAUCGGUUUUUGUGUUGUGGUCAUUCAUAUCGGACCAUCAGAGAUGGGGUGGGACAAGUGAUGCAUGAUGGCAAAACAAAUAGCCUCAGAGAAGCCUUACAGGCAAAGAAUUGUUCAGGUCCUUUGAAGAACGUCAUGCUGACUCUUGCUAUGUUCAGGCAGGUUACCUGUCAUCUCGUGUCACCUGAAAGAGCAAUAGAUCCUCAAGGACAGGAUCUAAAUGUUUUGAAGGAUAUUAUAAGAGAGAAUGCCUCAGGACAUAUGGGCGAGCUCUGUACCGCUCUGUUAUCCAAUCAGAUUGGAGGGCCAGGAUCUCCAUUGAGUCUCAAUGCAGGUGUACCGGCUCAACGUCGCCUUCUACUGGAGCUCCUGGUGCACGCCAGUGCUGUGUUUUACAGUGGGAACAGAAUGCUCAGGCCACUUCACAGCAUUUCCUCUCAGCCUCAGAAUGUGACAGGAGUGUUUCUGCCCACUAUGCCAGAUGACCACACAAGUGAUGUCCUACAGUCGCUCAAUGAGAAAGUUACGCCAUACUAUUGUGUUAACGGCCACCUAUGCGUUGUGGGAAAGUGUGGUAAACCAAUGGAAUCUUCAAAGUGUGACACAUGUGGUGUGCCUAUUGGAGGCCAUAGACAUACUGCAGUGGCAGGUUUUCAUCGAGUCUAUGGAAUUAAAGAUACCACACAACCAGGUCAUAUAUUGGGAAAUGCGAAAAAACGGUCUGAAGCCCCAAACAGGAAUAUGUCUCUAGCACAGUCCUGUGUUCUUCGUCUGUUUCUUCAUUUGGCCAUGUUGCAAGGGGCCAUUCACCACCAGCAGGGCAUUAAAAAUAGGAUCCAGCCAGCUGUUCAUAAUGUCUUUGAGUUCCUGUGGCAGCAUCUUGAGAAGGACAUGACGGUUCUUGGGAAGACUUUAAAUCUCAACAUGGAUGACACUGCCAUUGUAGUUCAUCUAAUCCUCAACAGGUUUCUAGAAACCAACACAGUUGGUCACCAGGAUUUAUCAACACGCAGGUCCAGGGAAGAGUGGGAGGUCACAGUCUGUAAUUCCAUCAUUACUCCUGUUUUACAGGAUUUGAACAGGAUGUUGAACAGCGCACAGGAUGUGAUUGCAUCUGAUAACAGACUCUCUAACAGUCCCCUUAUGAAGGUUCUGAAGAGAGACCCUAAAGACAUCCUUCAGCUCCCCUCUAACUGCCCCACCCACCAGUCGGCCUUCUGGAGUCUUUCACCUCUCCUAACAGUGGAGAGCUUCGCCCAGCAAAUACACCAAAGUCAAGCACCUCUGCUCACCCUAUUUUUCAAUAAGGUGCAUUGUAUAAGACAGCUGAUUCAUCUGCCCACUCUUGCUGCCCUGAUGUCUGAUCUAAUGAAACUGCUUCCUCCAGGCUCUGAGACCCACACUUACACCAUCGCCUCACUUUUGCACAGCAUUUCUGCAGGUUAUCAAAAGAAAUUAUUGUCAGAAAGAGUCGACGUCUUUAUGAAGGUGUGGAACCAUCUCCGAACGGAAAUAGCCAAUGAUGCUUCAGUGGGUUUGGAUCCUAAACUGUGUGAAACAGACAUGACUAAAGAUAGUUCUGGACAGUUUCUCUCCAUAAGUCGGCAGGGUCCAGGGACAUGUCUCCGUGCGAUCAUAGAUCUCCUGUCUAAAACGCACAACAGUCUUGUGGCAGAAGCCAGGAAACUCUGUCAAAGAGAAGACAGUGAUUAUAAAGUGUCUUUAGUGUCGCUGUGCGAGAGUCAGCUUGCCCUUUGUCACCCGGAGAGGCAGUUUCUACCCCUAGUGUUGGCAAACUGCCAUUACACAUUAGAGAAGGGCCAGCAGACAGUGAGUUCCUAUGAUUAUCAGGCUAUUGAGAGAGAACUCGGCAGACGAUUUUUCGCAGGCAAACCACGCAUUCAGUCUGACACUGAGAAGUAUCUGAGAAGACAACUCCAGGAUUUUUCAGAGGUCCUUACUGAAGUUAGAGCCAAAAUACCUCAGGAACCACUGAGGAGUUCUGUGCUCAGCUCCAUGAGAUCAAUGCUGCGCUCAUUCACAGACGUUUGCGAUGCAGUUUUUGCUGUUGAGAUCGGGCUUCGCUUCCUCGGCAAAACCGGAGGAGAUGCACAGGCUCUGCUGUUGAGCUAUCUAACAGACUCAUUGAAAAUGAAUCGACAAAUUUCCAGCAGCGUAGCUGAGGCUUUAAAGGACAACCGGCUGAGUCAGUGUACGGCCACCUGGCAGCUUCUUACCUGCUGGAGGAGUGAACAGAUCAUGAGAAGAGGACAGGAUCCGUUUCAGCGACUGCCCGAACAGUUCAGAGAUAAGCUGACUUCAGAGGAGAGAAACCAGGUGAAGGUUUUCCUCGGCGUCACAGACAUCGAUAUUUUCUUACUGGAACUACAUGAGAUCCUUCAACUGAAGGCCAAUAACACAGGGGAGGAGAGCUUUUCACCACACUGGGACAUCAGUUCCACUAUGGAAUCCCGUUUGGAGGAGAAGAACAUCAACUCUUUACCUGGUCUAGAAAGUCUUUCAGAGGAAAUCACUCUAGCCAAAGCGGCAGAAGUCUGGAAACUCGCAGUGGAGUUCAAACACUGAAACUUCUGAAUGAGCCAAAUCUAAAUGAUGAAAAAACAUUCCCUUGUAACCGCAAGUUUCAUGGGUUCAAUUCCCAGAGAACACACACAUACUGAUACAAAUGUAACUUGAACGCAUUGUAAGACUCUAUGAAUAAAAGCAUCUGUCAUAUCCGUAAAUGUAAAUCUAUGCGAACAAGUGAUUUAUCAAUGUGAGCUGAUCUGGUAUCCGUUAAUAUUAUUGUUAAACAUUGUCGUUCUUUAUUUCCGUAGUGAACUAUAAGAUUAUGAAUUAUUCCAAUACUAUUAAUUCUUUGGUUUAGCUUUAUUAUUAAUACAACUAAUCUGUUUACUCUGUGGUCUUUUUAAUAUGUCCUACUGUACCUUUAUAGUUUAGCGCUUUAAUGUUUGUGGACCUGUAGCCUUAGUAUAAACCUCAGGGAACGAUUAUAAAGUUUCGUUAUAGCAUUUGUCAUCUGUAUACUGUUUUUUAAUGUUUGUUUUUUGAUAAAUGAAUAAACAUAGAUCUACAGCA